AUGAACUAUCCCCAAUUCGCCUAUAACCAAUAUUAUGGACAAAUCCCAAUGCCAAUGCAGCAGAUGUACAUUCCAAUGCCACAGGAAGAACAAACAAAGAAAAACUACGUUGUCAAGGGCCCUUGGUUAUUAGAAGAAGACGAGUGCCUUAGACGCGCCGUAUCAAUGUCCUCACCAAUUCUCUGGGAUGUUGUUGCAAAGUCCGUCAGAGGAAGAACUCCAAAGCAGUGCAGAGAAAGAUGGAUGUACAGACUUCAACCAGAAUUAAAGAAGACUCACUUCGAAAAAUGGGAAGAUGAAUUAAUUUUUGAGCAAAAGAAGAAGAUUGGCAACAGAUGGACACAAAUAGCACUUCAAUUGCCAGGAAGAACAUCAUGCUCUGUUAAAAAUAGAUGGUAUACUGUUUUACGUAACAAAUAUAGGGAUGUUUCCGAUGAAAACAACUCUUCUGACCAUAAUACUUGUCCUGCGGCCUAUUCUAUUGAUUCCUUGUUGAAUUCAAAGAAUUUGUAA